UUUAGCGAAAAAUGGCGUCACGUUGGAUUUCACGGAAGUGGGAUGUCUUAUUGUGAACAUUAUAUUCAUUUCCUACGAUGAAACCAAAAAUUGGACAAUAUGUGAGAGCACUACAUGACUUUGACACUUAUGAGAAGGGGGAGAUAACUCUGAGGGCAGGCGAUGUGAUACGGAUCACCAAUGUUGUGGACGACAAUUGGCUGCGUGGCCAACUGGACUGCUUGGAGGGCAACUUUCCAUCCAACUUUGUGGAGAGUAUCUCGUUGCCAAAUGUCGAGCCCGGCCAGAAGAUAUUUGUGGCAAUAGAUGAGUUCCCAGCAGACGAAGCUGGAGAUUUGGCUUUAAACACAGGAGAUAUCAUCUUGGGUAUGAAAGAAAUUGAUGAGAACUGGUGGCAGGGUGCAAAUGGCUCCAACGCUGGCAUCUUUCCUCUGACGUGUGUUCGGGAACUUCUACUUGAUGCCGCUCCCCGACGGAAGUCAUUCCGCUCAAAUACCCAGACGUCCUGCACAUCAGAAACCCCUGCCUCUCCACCCAUCCACUUCUCAGAGCCCUUGCAGGCGAGAGCUCUUGUUGAUGUCACUCCACAGAUUGACGGCGAGCUGGGCUUCAUGGCAGGCGAUCUCAUAACCAUAAAGGAAGUGAUCGACUCGGACUGGUUUCUCGGCGAGGCAGGCAACAAACAGGGCCUUGUAUCCUCCGUGUGUGUGGACCUCUUAGAAGAUAUCGGUAGUAGUAGUAACAACAACAACCACCACCCUCCGGUGACUAACGCUGGUCGUUCAUCACUCGGAAACGGUCACGGUCAUGGUAUCGGUGCUGAAUCCCCCAGUGUCUUACACGCGAGCACUGAUGAUGACGUGUCUCGCUUGAGAAGUCUGUCUUACACAAGUGAAAACACACGCUCGCACGACGCAGAGGUUACUCCUUACGCUCGGGCUCUGUACACGUUCGUGGGUCAGAAUGAGGAUGAGCUGUCUAUAGCAGAACACGAUAUAGUCACACUGAUCCAGCAUGUUGAUCCAGAUUGGAUCGAGGGUGAAGCCGAUGGCAAGAUAGGUCUCUUCCCGGCUGCCUAUGUUGAGAUCAUUGUCGACUGUCCUUAUGCAUACGACCGCGAGGAAACAACUAAUAUUUUCUCUGAGGAUGUAGCUGAACCAACACUCUCUCAGGCAAGGACACAUUUAAAAACAGGGGAUGAGAAUAAAGUUGUUCAUGAAUCUUCGUUAUCUUCAACAGCAGAAACAGAUACAACGGUAACAGUAGGAAGUAAUUCAACGGCUAUAUGUGAUAAUGAUAAACCAUCAAAAACAGGAGAUGAAACAACAACUUUAGAUUCUACUUCAGGUUUGUCCACCACAGGUGAUUCUAUUUCUAACAGCUGUAAUGCUGGGUCUGUUGCUUCCGAUGUCUCAUCUCAUCCAGGAUCGGUGUCUCUUGGGCAGGAAAAGUUUGGUCUAGUGUUGCAUAAUUUCAGCUCUCAAGUUGCUGGUGACUUGAGCGUCCAGGAAGGAGACACUGUUACAAUUCUGCAAAUGCUAGAUGCCAACUGGAUAAAAGCAGGAGAUGACCAUGGCAGAGUUGGCAUAGUUCCCUUGAACCACAUUGAGGUCAUAGGAGAAGGGCCUCACCAUGCACCUAAUGAAAAGCAGGACUUUUCUAUUGCAUCAAGGCCAGGUGGAACUCAAGUGGCUUCUUCUGCUGGAGUGAUUGAAUCUGCUAAAGGUGCUCAACACAGUGAAGGGAAAUCUGUGCAGGAUAAUGGUGAUAACCAUCAGGUAGUUAAUAGUAUUUGUGAUAGCAAGGAUGUUCCUUCUACUGGUGCUCAUCGUGGUGUUGAACCUGAAACCAAACAUCUAGAGAAACCGAAACUAAAACCCAAACCUCUCCCAAAACCAAAGCUAGCUCCUAAACCUGUGAUAAAAGCCAAACCCAAUCUCCAUUCUGCACAGCCGUUUGUUAAGCCUCCAGACAUGUCAGCCAAUUUGCAUGUUGGCCAUGUCGUUUCACCAACAGAACACAAGACCUUUGUGGGCAUCAACUCGUCAAAAUCACUGAACUCCUUGAUUGAGGAUCAGCUGGAGAUUGCUAAAAGUGAAGCCAAAAUGAGAUCACGUAAUUCAAGUGUGAAAAGUAAUGAUUCUUCCGGUUCUAGGGAUAGUGACUUUUCUAGUAAAGAUGUUACAGCUUCUGGGAUGUCUGAUGCUUAUGUUGAGACCUCUGUGCAUUCUGAUAACAAAGUAUCAGAAUUGGAUGCAGUAAAACGUGAAUCACCUGCUGCUGCUAAUGGUGGUGGUGAUGCUGGCACUGAUAGUUUUGCAUCACUGGGACAGUCCAACUGGGUAUCUUUUGAUACUUGUGAAGUCGGCCCAAGAAUAUCUAUAAACUAUGAGGCUCAAAGAAAUACAGCUCAGCCAGUGCCUCAAGAGCAAGGAAGUACAACAUUGAACUCCAACACCGGAAUCCAUCGAAAUUCAUCUUUCGUAAAUGAUGGAUAUGUACAAGAUCACAUCCACAAACCAUCACUUGUGGAUGUUAAUCAUUCCCAUAGUGCAGCAGCAGUACUACGCCCUCCACCUCCAGUUCCUUUUGAGAGAUCAAACUCUGUCCAGGAAGCAUACAAGCAACCAGCCAAAAUGCCUCCAGUACGCAAGGCUCCGCCUCCCAGACCAACUGGACCAAAGAUUGCACCAGCGCCUUCCAAGAUGGUUCUGCAGCCAACGAAGGUGAACCACCCACUGCCCCAGCGUCCUGCACCUCCUGUUCCUAAAGGAUCCGUGAAGAAUCCAGCACCUCCUCGACCUUCCUUGUCUUCAUCUCCACGGCGACCGCAGCCUAGACCAGUGAACAGGACAAUGUCUAAUGAUCUCAUGUCUUUCAGCCCAGAAAAAGAAAAUAUUGAAGAAGAUGCCAAUUCAGAAAUAAUUGCCGAUGUGAAGAAAAGGAUUGAAGAAGUACAAAAUGAUCUUCAGAAAUAUGAGAAGUUGUGUGCAGAACUCCAGUCCAAGAUGAGUCUGGUGUCUGACAAUGAGAAGGAAGAAAUACAGGAGAACCUGGAGGACUGCACGGCCAAUGUGAUGGGUCUCACAGACGAACUUGACAGGCUCAAAGAAACUCUUUACCAACUGAGUCCCAUGGAGAAAGAAAAGGCCUUGGCUGAACAGCUCAGACAGAGAAAAGCUGAAGAGGAGAAGAAGCAGAGAGAGGAAGAGAAGAAACAUCUGGAGGAGAUGAAGGCGAAGCGGAGAGAAAAACGAAUAAAAGUCAUCCAGGAGCUGAUAAACACGGAAAAAGAUUUCUUACACGACCUGCACCUGUGUCUGGAGACGUUCCUCGGCCAGUCUGCUGAAAGGGCCCCACACCUCGACAUGGAGAUGGUGAUGGGAAACAUGGAGGAGAUAGCCGACGUCUCGCAGAAACUGCUCACCGUCCUCGAGGGCGCAGUCAACGGGAAGUCCUUUGACGAACAGAUCAUUGGCAAACAUUUUGUUAGUUUUGCUGAAGACAUGAAGAACACAUAUGCACCGUAUUGCCGAAAUCAUGACGAUGUCAUCACUCUUUUAGAAAAGUUUGAUGGUGAUGCCGAAGUGAAGGACUUUUUCAGCAGGAAGAUCAUGGAAUUACGUGAGCACACUAAUGUGUUUGACUUGAAGGCCAUGCUCAUAAAACCAGUGCAGCGGAUUCUUAAAUACCCAUUACUGCUCAGUGAACUUAGCAAGGCAACAGAGGAUGACCAUCCAGACAAAGAGGAGAUCAACAGAGCCAUUUGUGCCAUGACUGGCGUGGCAACGGCCAUCAACGAAUACAAGAGAAGAAAAGAUUUAGUUUUCAAAUACAAAAAAGAUACAGACCAAACAUUUAGUGACAAGAUAUCUAAGCUGAAUCUUCAUUCUCUGAGAAAGAAAUCUGGCCGAAUACGUGGUCGUCUGUCCACUAAUCUGGGAAUUAGUCUAGUGAAUCGGGAUGAAAAUUUUGAGCGAGAAGAAGUGAAAUUCCGUCAUCUUGAAAAAGCAAUCCGUAUUCAUCUAAAAAACAUUAUCACGUACAUGGAACAGUUUCAGGAGAGUGUUGGCAGUCAGGAAGGGUUUGUUGCAGACAUCAUGGACCUGUAUGACGGCCAGCCCAGUGAGGAGGUCACUGAGUACAAGGCAGUGCAGAACAAAAUAGUCACAGAUCUCUUUGAGGAAAUGAAGGAGAUGGUACAUACCUUGGUUAUUGCUCCGCUGAACAGACUGAUUGGACUGUGUGCUGGGCCAAACAAUGUCAUAGAGAAACGUUUCGACAAGCUGCUCGAUUACGAAAGUCAGCUGCGAAAAGCUAAAGACAAUGAAAAGACUGAUGCUUUACUUGCAACACGGAAUGACUACGAAGCGAUGAACGCACAGCUGCUUGACGAGUUGCCCAAGUUCUAUAGCAUGGCGUUCAAACUCCUCACCGAUUGCUCGGGGGUCUUUAUCAAAGCACAGACAAUCUUUAUGGACAAGGCGUUGAAAGAAACCUGUGUAUUAAUGCAGUUACCAUUGCUACUGGGUACCGAGGACAGUAUUAUGGAAACAUUCAAUGUGAGACACACAGCCGAGCUUGACAAGGUUUCACUCCUGUCUUUCAUCCCGAGGGGAUUCAACCCCAAGCUGGACACCCUGAACAAGAUGGACAAGAAACAGAAGAGAAUGUCCUGGGAUACCACCAUGACAAAACCCAAUAUGGCAGCUCCACAGAGCCCACAGAGUGACAGCCAGCGUGUUUACCUCCGCCAGGUGUACCCGGCUGACAAGCUGUACCGCGUGUCGACCACGCACAAGGCUGCAGACGUGAUGGAAAUGUCUCUGAAUGAAGGACACAUGGUCGGACUUAUCAAGGAGCAGGAUCCGAUGGGCAACAAGGAGAAGUGGUUUAUUGAUGAUGGAACCAUAAAAGGAUUCUUUCCAAAACGACUGUUGGUUCCGUGGACCAUUGAGAGUGUGUCCCCGGCUGGAAGUCUGAACAGUCUGGUUCUAGGAGACGGGGUUGACAGCCUCCUCACUGGUUCCCUGAUGGGUGACACAGCAAGCGACACUACAUCCGUCUCCUCGUUUGAACCGGCAAUGUAUCCACAGCUGCCAGUUACACCAGAACCGGAACCGGUUCAGCAACAUGAGUAUUAUUGUGCCGAGUUUGCAUUUGAUGCCCGCAGUCAAACUGAGGUAUCGCUGUUUGAAGGACAGGUGGUGACCGUGCUGUCAAAAAGUGAUCUGGAGGGAAACACAGAAUGGUGGUACGUGGACGCUGAUGGACACAUGGGAUACACACCCUCGGCAUAUCUACGCAAAAUGUGACGUCAGCCAGCUUCUCUGUAUCUUGUUGUGACAGGAAUAUUUUUGUUAUGCUGUUGGUAUUACUUGAGAAAGUGUUACAGAAUGGUUAUGAAUCAGACAGGAGUGGAAAUUGCAAGCUUUCCCUGAAUGCAUCAUUAUGUUUGUUAUGACUAUCCGUACAACAUGUAAAAGUACUGCAGUAUAGUUAGUUAUGAGCCAAACCAAACAGCUAAAGUUACAGUAUUAUUUUUGUUUACAGUUGCUUCCAGCUUAUAUCUUCACACUUGAGCUUUUGUGUCAGGUCAAUGUCACUGAUAUUUGAGCAUAAAACAACUGAUUUGAAUUCCCACCUCAAACUAGCAUUAGAGUUUAAAUUGUGCUUUAAGACAAAUUUUAUAGUUUACUAGCAUAUCUGCAUAGUUUGGAGUGCGAAAUAUCAGAGUAUGAAAAGUAUGUAUAUCUGAAUACAUUGAAGUCUACCUUUUCUAAGUGUCACCAAAGUAUCUCUACAACUGAAUUGACAUCACAGUUUAAAUGAUCCUUAAGACAAUGUUUUAGUCCUUCAGAGAGUUUGAUAUCUGUGUAUGUAUCAAUUGGAAUGUAUCUUAUCAGUGUGCAUUGGACUGUAAAAUACUGUAAUUGCAUCCUUAGGACUGUUCUUCUAGCGUAUCUGGGUACUUCAAAGAGUGUCCUAUGCAAAUACAUUUGAGAGUAACAUAUCUGGGUAAUAAAUGGGUAAUUUGAGUAUCAUAUGUAGAUACUUCAGAAAGUAUCAUGUCUGGAUACUGUUUGGAUACAUGAACAGUGUCAUAUCUGGGUACCUGUUUGGACACAGGUACAGUGUUGUAUCUGAGUAGUUGUUUGAUAUAUGAAGAAUGUCAUAUCUGGGUACUCAUUGGAUACAUAAGGAGUAGCAUAUCGGAGUACUUGUUUGGUAUACAAAGAAUGUCAUGUCUGGGUACUCAUUUGAUAUAUGAAGAAUGUCAUAUCUGGGUACUUGUUGGAUACCAGAAGAGUAGCAUAUCUGAGUAUUCAUUUGAUAUACAAAUAAUGUCAUAUCUGGGUACUCGUUUGAUAUAUGAAGAAUGUCAUAUCUGGGUACUUGUUGGAUACAUGAGGAGUAGCAAUUCUGGGUACUUGUUGGAUCCACGAAUAGUCUCAGAUUUGGAUAAUCGGUGGGUAAUUCGAAGAGUUUCAACAGCUGGAUGCACUGGAGAGUUGCCCAUCUGAGUACCCUUUGAAAAGUAUCAUAUCUGGAUAUUGUGGAGCUUAGCAUUUCUGGGUAUGCUUACGUUUUGAAUGUUUUGAAAUUGCAGCCAGGUGUAUUAUUUUAUACUUUAUAUUCCAUGUAAAUAUGAGUAUUACCGUAGGGUUAUUAAAUAAUAUAAGAUAACAGUUUGUGUUCACUUGGGCUAAGCAAUAACUGUUUUACUUCUGUGAUAUAUGUGUGUAUUGUAAUCCUUCACCAUCAUGAGGCCUUAAUCGUCAGUGAAUGACGCUUUUACUGGUCUUCUCCUAUAAAUAGCCUUGACUGUGGUCCAUUUUCACGGUUUUCACCACCAAAUACAAUAUUUUAUUAGUCUAGUUGUGUUUUUGUUGAUACAUGUACCUUCUAAAGUCUUGUGCUUUCUUAUUGUAAUAUUACCUUCAUUGCAAUGUCUACUUUCCAUUUGCAAGUUUUAAUAAAAGAUUCUUUGAAUUUAUUUUCUUGUGAAAAAAGGUUGGUCAUUAAUUUUUAAGUUUGAACUUUUUUCUCGUUCACUAUUUCAGUAUUUUCUUGAUAGUUUUCAUUUCAGUCUUAUUUUUCAGUAAUUGGUUUAAGUUUUGAAUGUAAGGUAUCAUAUUUUCAAUGUUAGACAUCAUAUUUUCAGUGUUAGACAUCAUAUUUUCAAUGUUAAGAUAUCAUAUUUUCAAUGUUAGAUAUCAUAUUUUCAGUGUGUUAAGUAUCACAUUUUAUUGUUAUGCACUAGAUGGUGAAUGCUGUGAUGUCUGGUAUUGUUUUGUUUUUGUUCCUUAUUUUAUUUUAAUAGUCAACAAUUAGUGAAUGGAUUUUGAAUGUCUGGUACAUUUACAUUUGUACUAGUACAUGUACAAGAGGUACUACAAAUGUUAGUGCAUGUAUGGCAUUGUUAAUGUCUGGAAUUGUUAAUGUCUGGCAUCUGUUUAUAAAUGUCCGGCAUCAGAUUACAGUGUUAAGUCCCAUGUAAUCAAUGCUGGGCAUCUGAUUGGGAGUCUUGAUCCAUUGUUUAAUUAACAGGGUUUUGUUUUUUAUGGUCAGGUACCAUAUAAUGAAAUUAGGAUAUCAGAAUAAAAAUUAUAUGCAUGAUUAUAUUUAUACCUGUAUAAAUCGUUAUGGUGUAGUAUAGCCAGUACCUGCUGUUGAACACUGGAUAAGAGUAUUUUUUACACAGUUUGCAGUUUCUAACUGUUUUUAAGGUUAUUCCAGAAAUGAUCUGGGUUCAUCCUUCUAAAAAUAAAUCCAACCUCAAGCUUUUAGCAGCAUCUCCAGACUUUUGAACUACAUGCUACUUGAAUGUAUGGUUGAGAUCUUACUGAAACCUCCAAUCUAAUGCUUAUCACACUAAUGGAAAAAUGGAUCGGGUUACCUUUCUAAGACUAUAUGUCAGAAUUACCAAAUGUUUGACAUCCAAUAACCAAUGAUUAAUAAAUCAAUGUGAUCUAGUGGUGUCAUUAAACAAAACAAACUUUACUCCAUGCAGUUCAAUAUAAUUUCUGUCAGAAUAUAUUCUGCAAAAAAUACAAGUCUAUCUAGAGAGUCAUGUGACUAUUAAAGGAAAUGGUUUAUUUAACAACGCACUCAACUCAUUUUAUUUACGGUUAUAUGGCGUUGGACAUAUGGUUAAGGACCACACAGAUAUUGAGGGAGGAAACCUGCUGUCACCACUUCAUGGUCUA